CCAUCACUCACAAUUCACAAGCCACCACAACAAUUAUGCAAUUAUUGUAGUAGUAGCACCGACCGAUCGAGCUCCCACUUAGCUAAGCUAAGCAGCAAGCAGCAGCGCUCGGUGUACUAGCUUGUGAGACAUGGCCGACAGCAGACAGGCGCUGGCGCUGAUGGCCAUCCUCGUCGUCGUCGCUGCGGCGCUCGCCGUGGGGGCGCAGGCGGUGUGCGACAUGGACAACGACGACUUCAUGGCGUGCCAGCCGGCGGCGGCGGCGACGACGGACCCACAGCCGGCGCCGUCGGAGGCGUGCUGCGCGACGCUGGGGAAGGCGGACCUGCGGUGCCUCUGCUCCUACAAGAACUCCCCCUGGCUCAGCCUCUACAACAUCGACCCCAAGCGCGCCAUGGAGCUGCCGGCCAAGUGCGGCCUCACCACGCCGCCCGACUGCUAAUCCACCCUCCCAACAUCUGCCCUCCUGGUGUCCCGGGGUGGGUUGAUGAUGCAUGCGGUACAAAUGGCAAGAGCCCGGAGGUAUAGUAUACAUGUACCGAGCCGUAUAUACAUGUGCUCAUCUUGUCGUACGUACUACGUACCUGUCGGUGUGUAGAAGUGUGUGUUUCCGUGUCCCCUCUUGGCAGUGACUGCGUCUGUGUGUAACAUUGCCACUACUUCAAAAAAAUGUGUGCACUUUAUACAUGUGCAUGUGGUUUCUGUAAACAAUCUAUUUCGGGGGUUAAUUAAUCCACCGCCAGAACUCCAGCUAUCUUAUCGCU